AUGGACGUUUCAAGUCCCAGGACUGAAACUUCAUCAAUGGAGCCUAGUUCCAAGCUUUUCUGCUGCAGAUCCGUGAGGCGUUGCAUCCCUCUGGUAUAUAGACAGGAGCUCUACCACAUCCUGUGCAUGACUGGACCCCUGGUUGCAUCGCGCAUUCUGAAUUAUCUCCUGCCAUUUGUCAUAACAAUGUUUUGCGGUCGCCUGGGAAACAGUGUGCUGGCUGGUUAUGGAAUGGCCUCAGCUACGAUAAACAUAACAACUGCAGCUACAGGUGGAGGUCUUGCAUUGGCGGCUGACACCCUUAUCUCUCAGACCUACGGUGGGAAGAACCUGCGCCGUGUUGGCAUCAUCUUGCAGAGGAGUGUCCUGAUCCUCCUGAUCUUCUGUUUGCCCUGUUGGGGUCUGCUCAUCAACACCCAGCCCCUCCUCCUGCUGCUGGGUCAAGAUCCAGAGGUGGCCAGGAUAGCUCAACUCUAUGUGGUUUAUUACCUGCCAGCAGUUCCAGCUAUGUUUUUGCAUCAGCUGCAAGUAGCCUAUCUCCAGAACCAGGGAGUGAUUCUGCCUCAGAUGUAUGCAGCCAUUGCAGCCAACAUUGCAAAUGUGGUGACAAACUACAUCCUUCUGAACUGGUUGGACCUUGGGUUAUAUGGAUCUGCUGCUGCCAAUACCAUAUCUCAGGUCUAUAUUUGUGUUUUCCUCUAUUUAUAUAUUCGCUGGAAGAAGCUCCAUGUUGAAACAUGGGGAGGCUGGUCAUGUGGCUCUCUGCAGGAGUGGGAUGGAUAUAUGAAACUGGCCAUCCCCAGUACCAUGAUGCUCUGCUUUGAGUGGUGGAUUUAUGAGGUUGGAGGAUUCUUAGCAGGCAUGCUAGGAGAGUUGGAUCUGGCAGCUCAGCAUGCAGUCAUUAUGCUGGCUUUUAUAAACUACAUGUUUCCAUUAGGGAUUCAAGGUGCGGCGUGUGUACGUGUGGGUAAUGCACUCGGAGCAGGAGAUACGGCCGGAGCGAUCCGCACCAGCAAGGUGUCCCUCAGCUGCACAGCUGCCUUGGCUGUUUUGCAAGGUCUUGUGCUUGCAUCAACAAAAACUGUGAUUGGUUUCUUAUUUACAUCAGACGGGCAUAUUGUGGCACUCGUCUCCAAACUCUUGAACAUCUAUUGUGUGCUUCAGUUCUUUGAUGGUCUUGUUUGUGUCAGCAUGGGUAUUCUGUUGGGUUCAGGGCAGCAGAAGAUUGCAGCUGUAGCUAAUUUCUUUGGGUAUUACUGCAUUGGACUUCCACUUGGCACCUCGCUCAUGUUUGCUGUGAAACUAGAUGUUGUUGGCUUUUGGCUGGGACUUCUCAUUUGCGUAUGUGUGCAGUCCAGUUUUUUCAUUGCAGUCAUUUUUAAGAUCAACUGGGAGCGAGUGACCAAAGAGGCAGUGGAAAGAGCUGGAAAGCGUAAAAUCCCUGCAAUGUCAACUCCGGAUAGUCUCACAGCGAGACACAGAGAGAAUGGGGAUGAGUACAUGAGCAUGAACUCGAGUGAUCAGAACGAGGAGCCAGACGUGGAGGAAAAGCUCUCUACCGCUCAGCUGAUCCUCAGGAGGGGUCUGACCACCCUCGCUGCUCUUCUUAUCCUUGCUGUAGGAAUAGCCGUCCAUCUCACUGUACCUUUACCUGAGGUGUCUUAUGCUGGAUUCAUGGGGCAGAAAGUCAUUUUUACAGUCACCUUGAAUGAAACAAUCCCAUCUCCUGACCAUGUUCUGCAGUAA